UGUCUUUUUCUUUUUUUGCCUAUUAACACUCGGUUCGCCCCUCCUCUUUCUGAUACAAAAUUGGUCCGCUCUGGUCCCUCUCUUUUUCCCUACUCUUCUUCUGCGCUUCAUCACCAUCACUGCCCCUUUUUCCCCCUGAAACCUUUGAUACCAUACCUACAUACGCUCUUACGUAGUUUUAGUAUCAGAAUCAUAGAAACACACUCAUGGGCAAGUACAUGAACAAGUCUAAAAUCAUUGGAGACGUUGCCCUCAUGGACCUCUCUCAAUCCACCACCUUGGGUGUCCGUACUCGUGCUAAAACUCUCGCUCUUCAGCGUCUCCAACCUUCCUCUCCCUCCGCUUCCCCUAACCUAGAUACCUCUUCCUUCUCUUACCUCCAGCUCAGGAGUCGCCGUCUUGAAAAGCCUGCUCUGCUUAAUGAUAGCAAAAAAUUGCAACUGCUACAAGAAGCUAAGCAGAACUCAAACUCUACCUCUACCAAGAAAUUGAACUCCAAGGGGACUUCCAGGUUUAGUAAGAGUUCGGUGAAGGUUGCCGCUGAUUGUGACGAUGGCGAAGGAGAGGGGUGUUUUAGUAACAAAGGGGAAAUGCUGGGUUUGAAGUGUGAAGCAGAGGAUUUGGGUUUUGAGGGUUCUUUUGGAGAUAACUAUUUGGACUUUGAACCCAGAGAGAGAAGCACUAGAGAAAGCACACCGUGCAGCUUGAUAAGAGACUCAAAUACCAUUGGAACCCCAGGUUCCACCACAAGACAGGGAAGCUCAACUACAACUAACCGUAGAGUUAGGAAUGUCAUACAGAGAAAUAACCCAACAACAAAAGACAUGGAGGAAUUUUUUGCCUGUGCAGAACAGAAGCAACAGAGAUUAUUCAUUGAGAAGUACAACUUUGAUGUUGUAAAUGAUUUGCCACUCCCUGGACGUUACGAAUGGGUCCAAGUGAUUCCAAAAUAAAGUAUCUUAUCACUAGGCUAUCCAUCAUCCCUGACUUCUUUGAUCUUAUGCUUAAGGGUUUUGAAGGUGGUACUAAUAUUGGUUAGUGGGGUAUGUUCUGUCAUCUUUCUGAGCUUAUGUAAAGAGAAUGGAGACAUGGAAGGUAAAGGUCUGAAUUGUAACAGAGCUGAUGAAUUAUACGUUAGCCAGAUACCAAAUGAAGAUUAUUUGCUUAAAUGGAGAGGCAAAGGAAUCAUUUAUAAGGAGAAUGGGGAAGAGCAGAUAAUUUAUGAUUAGAUGUUCACUAUUGUAAUUUUUAGGAGGUAUAUCUAAUUGCUAGAUUUUCUUUUCCUUUCUUUUUUUUCCCCUUCUUUUUUUUUUUAUUAUGAAAUUUUACUUUUGUCUAUAUUUAGGGAUGAACCAUGAAUGUUCUUUUUGGAAAUAAAUGUAACUCAUUUCUCAUUA